GGAAACCCGCCCCUUCGCGCGCAGUCCUACGUAAAGCGAGAGGGGUUUCGCGACAGCCCAGGCCCCCCCGCUUUGGCCACAUGUCGCGAAGGUCUUCCCGUCGGACGUCGCACCACCUCCUCGCGCUGCUUUACGAACCUAGAGCAGCACCGCCCCGCCUCCUGUCUCCCUCCUCACUUCCCCGCCCCCUCCCAGUUUCGCGUCUCCCAGCCCGACGCUCCCGCUAUAAUCACGUGAUUGCCUCAUCCGGGUCCUUUGCGUUCUCUCUCCCUCUCCCAACAUGGCGGCCUCAGCAAAAAAGAAGAAUAAGAAGGGGAAAACUAUCUCCCUAACAGACUUUCUGGCUGAGGAUGGAGGGACUGGGGGAGGAAGUACUUAUGUCCCCAAACCAGUCAGCUGGGCUGAUGAAACAGACGACCUGGAAGGAGAUGUUUCAACCACUUGGCACAGUAAUGAUGAUGACGUGUAUAGGGCACCUCCAGUUGACCGUUCCAUCCUGCCCACUGCUCCACGGGCUGCUCGGGAACCCAAUAUCGACCGGAGCCGUCUUCCAAAAUCGCCACCCUAUACUGCUUUUCUAGGGAACCUGCCCUAUGAUGUGACAGAAGAUUCCAUUAAGGAAUUCUUUAGAGGAUUAAAUAUCAGUGCAGUGCGUUUACCACGUGAACCCAGCAAUCCAGAGAGGUUGAAAGGUUUUGGUUAUGCUGAGUUUGAGGACCUGGAUUCUUUGCUCAGUGCCCUGAGCCUCAACGAAGAGUCUCUAGGUAACAGGAGAAUUCGAGUGGACGUUGCUGAUCAAGCACAAGAUAAAGACCGGGAUGAUCGUUCUUUUGGCCGAGAUAGAAAUCGGGAUUCUGACAAAACAGAUACAGACUGGAGGGCACGUCCUGCCACAGACAGCUUCGAUGACUACCCGCCUAGGAGAGGCGAUGAUAGCUUUGGAGACAAGUAUCGAGAUCGUUAUGAUUCAGACCGAUACCGUGAUGGGUAUCGGGAUGGAUAUCGGGAUGGCCCACGCCGAGAUAUGGAUCGAUACGGGGGCCGGGAUCGCUAUGAUGACCGAGGCAGCAGAGACUAUGAUAGAGGUUACGAUUCCAGGAUAGGCAGUGGCAGAAGAGCAUUUGGUAGCGGGUACCGUAGGGAUGAUGACUACAGAGGAGGCGGGGACCGCUAUGAAGACAGAUACGACAGACGAGAUGAUCGGUCAUGGAGUUCCAGAGAUGAUUACUCUCGGGAUGAUUAUAGGCGUGAUGAUAGAGGUCCCCCCCAAAGACCCAAACUGAAUCUAAAGCCUCGGAGUACUCCUAAGGAAGAUGAUUCCUCUGCUAGCACCUCCCAGUCCAGUCGAGCAGCCUCUAUCUUUGGAGGGGCGAAGCCCGUUGACACAGCUGCUAGAGAGCGAGAAGUAGAGGAGCGGCUACAGAAGGAGCAGGAGAAACUGCAGCGCCAGCUGGAUGAGCCCAAGCUAGAGCGACGGCCUCGGGAGCGACACCCAAGCUGGCGAAGUGAAGAAACUCAGGAACGGGAACGGUCCAGGACAGGAAGUGAGUCAUCACAGACUGGGACCUCAGCCACAUCUGGCAGAAAUGCACGAAGGAGAGAGAGUGAGAAGUCUCUAGAAAAUGAAACACUCAAUAAGGAGGAAGACUGUCACUCUCCAACUUCUAAGCCUCCCAAACCUGAACAACCUCUAAAGGUAAUGCCAGCCCCUCCACCAAAGGAGAAUGCUUGGGUGAAGCGAAGUUCUAACCCUCCUGCUCGAUCUCAGAGCUCAGACACAGAGCAGCAGUCCCCUACAAGCGGUGGGGGGAAAGUAGUUCCGGCUCAACCAUCUGAGGAAGGACCAGCAAGGAAAGAUGAAAACAAAGUAGAUGGGGUGAGUGUCCCAAAAGGCCAAAGUGGGAACUCCAGCCGUGGUCCAGGAGACGGAGGGAACAAAGACCACUGGAAGGAGUCAGAUAGGAAAGAUGGCAAAAAGGAUCAAGACUCCCGAUCUGCACCUGAGCCAAAGAAACCUGAAGAAAAUCCAGCUUCCAAGUUCAGUUCUGCAAGCAAGUAUGCUGCUCUCUCCGUUGAUGGCGAAGAUGAGAACGAGGGAGAAGAUUACACCGAAUAGACCUCUGCAUCCUGUGCUUUCUCCUAGUCUCUCCACCCUGGAACAUUCGAGAGCAAAUCAAACCUCUAUCCAGACAAUAAAACUCACCAUCUCCUGGAGACCUUUCUUAACUUUUUUUUAAAAAAACAAAAAACAAAAAAACAAAAUGAAAUUCUUUUGCAUGCUGCUGCAGCCUUUAAAGUAUUGAACUAACUGGAGAAUCGCCAAUGUAGCCAGAGAGAAAGAGACGUACAGCUUUUAAUGGAAAAGUUGUGCAUUUUUACGACACAUGCAGUUGCCUGUGUGAUUAGUGCCUGGGGGCCUCCAUUUAGCAAAAUGGCAGUGACAGUGAUGCAGUGUCUGGAUCUGGUUGGGCAGUAGGACAGGUUUAAGGAAGAGUGAGAGUUCUAUCUUUUCAUUCUUAAUAUCCUAUUGUGGCACAUAUGAAUUCUCAAACAUUACCUGAAUAAAUUUUCCAUCCUUGGAAAGGUAGGCUUAGUCUCUCAAGUUGUUUUUUAGUCUCCAGGAGGCUGCCAGCCCCUCUUAAUUCUGAGUUACUGGGGCCAGCCUAGGGGGAAUUCCUUCAUUUUUACCCCCCAGGGGGGUAGUGGAGAGUGAGUCUAUAGGCCACAAAAGAAUAAGGACUGCUCAGUGACCAAAAUAAGUGGGAAAAGUUGUGGUUUGAAAAGAAGCUGCGGGGAGGUGAUGGAUUAUUUUGCACCAGUAAUAAGGGGAAAUGGUAUGACCUCCAGUAAACACCAAGUGGUUACUUCCUGGAGCAGGAAGCACUUAUGGGUCAUGGGAAUUCCCAAGUCUUGUAUGUCCUGGUUUUGCCCUUCCUUAAACGCCAUCCUUCCUGAAAGUUCACAUCCAUCUACAUUCUGCUGAAAUCUUGAAGCUUUAAAAAUAUAGACUCUUGUCCUGGGCUUCUGAUCUUAAUGCUACUUUUUGCUGUCACCUCCCAGAAAGCAGCUUCUAUUUAAAUCACAUACCUGAUCUAGGCAUUCUAGACCCGCCCCAGGGAGCAGAAGCUAAUGAGGAAUCACUGCUUUUCUCAAGCAAAUCUUGGCUCCUUCAUGUCUUUUGACUCUCACUCCUUCCCUCCUCCAUUCCUGCUCCUACUUCUUUGACUCCUUUUACACCUCAGAAGAUUAUAGAAUUAAUGGUCUUAGGUGGUGGUGAGUGAGGGUGGAUAAAUAGGGUCAAAUUGUGAGCCGUUCUUACAACCUUGAUUGGGGCUUUUUUUGUUUUUACAAGUUUCCUUCUCUCCAUUGAAAUCCCACACCAAUGUUUGGAUUGAUAAUGUGGCCUCAACCAAUGUGUGGUUUUUUGGUGGAUUUGUGUUUCUUUGUUGUUUUGUUUUUGUUUUUUUAGCUUCCCUUGAGAGAAUAAAUGAUAAUGGAGAGAACUGUGUGACAAGGUCCUGGUUUCUCUUGCAACACAAUAGCUUAACUUGCCUGCUUUUAUGUGCACCUUUGUACCGUCAGCCCGGUAGACUGCAUCCUUCGGGGUGAUCUCAGUCUCUCGUUCACAAGCCCUUCACCCAUCGGUCCUAGAUUAGACCCUGUCUGGCCACGCAGACCUGUUGGUUUAGGAGUGCUGCAGCAGUGGGCAUAAUGAAUGAAUCGUUUAGCCAGUGGACAUAAAGAGGCUUACCAAGUGAAGUAACUAAAUAAUUGGCUUGGAUUGGCCAGUAGCCGGGAAGUGGCUUUUAGAGAUACCCAAGGCUGAAAGGGGUUUGUUUUUUGGGUUUGUUUGGUUGGGGUUUUUUUGUUUUUUGUUUUUUGUUUUUUUUUUUUUUUUUUUGGUUGAAAAAAACAAACCAUUUGCUGUAGAUGAUGAAAAGGUAGGGUUUGCCCUCUACAGGUCUACUUCCAAAUAGUUGUCUCCAAAACUUUUUUUUUUUUUUCCCAUUCCCCUCUCCUGCCCCCGUUAUAACAGAAACGGGUUAUGUCCCGCUCCUUAAUACGUGUAAAAUUUGUACAAAAUAUCUUCUAUGAAAAUGAUUUGUAAUCUGUAGACUUAAUACCUGGGAGAUGUCUUGAGAUGUAAAAUCCCAUCCUUUGGGUUGUGGGGUUUUUUUUUUGUUGUUGUUUGUUUUCUCCAAAUAAAUCUGAUCUUUAAAGUUCA